AUGGACGUGGACAUGGACGUGGACGUGGACAUGGACGUGGACAUGGACGUGGACAUGGACGUGGACGUGGACAUGGACAUGGACGUGGACAUGGACGUGGACGUGGACAUGGACAUGGACGUGGACAUGGACGUGGACGUGGACGUGGACGUGGACGUGGACAUGGACGUGGACAUGGACAUGGACGUGGACGUGGACGUGGACGUGGACAUGGACGUGGACGUGGACGUGGACGUGGACGUGGACGUAGACAUGGACGUGGACAUGGACGUGGACUUGGACGUGGACGUGGACUUGGACGUGGACGUGGACAUGGACAAGGACGUAGAAAUGGACGUGGACGUGGACGUGCACAUGGACGUGGACGUGGACGUGGACAUGGACGUGGACGUGGACAUGGACGUGGACGUAGAAAUGGACGUGGACGUGGACGUGGACAUGGACGUGGACGUAGACGUGGACGUGGACGUGGACGUAGACGUGGACGUGGACGUGGACAUGGACGUGGACGUGGACGUAGAAAUGGACGUGGACGUGGACGUGGACGUGGACAUGGCCGUGGACGUAGACGUGGACGUGGACGUGGACGUGGACGUGGACGUGGACAUGGACGUGGACGUAGACGUGGACGUGGACGUGGACGUAGAAAUGGACGUGGACGUGGACGUAGAAAUGGACAUGGACGUGGACGUGGACGUGGACAUGGACAUGGACAUGGCAUGGACGUGGACAUGGACGUGGACGUGGACAUGGACGUGGACGUGGACGUGGACGUGGACAUGGACGUGGACUUGGACGUGGACGUGGACAUGGACGUGGACAUGGACGUAG